CGUAACGGGGCGGUGCUGAAAUCAACAUGAAUUAUGGAUCGAAUUAACGCAAUCGCCUUUAGUGGAUACACCUUAGACUAACAACGGUCCAGCCACCCUCAGGAAUCGAUUGCGACCUUUCCCUUUAACUACAACACGAGAUUGCAAAUCUUGAGCCAACUCUGCACUACUUAUUGGAGAGAGGGAAAAAAGCCGAUUUACAAAAAUGAUAGCCUUCUGGAGAUCUACAACCGCCAGUAUCGAGUAAAACGUAAGAGCCGUGAGAAAACAAUUGGCAAAAAAGGCUUUUCGAAGCCGCUGAUGCUUCAACAUUUAAAAACAUAAACUGUAAAUGCACUGGCAGUAUUGGUUGCAUCCCGUUAGUCGAAGAGUGCGUGUGACUAAAUACACAUUAGGAAUGACGCUAUCGCCCCGUGGGACACGAAAAGGUCCCAUCAUCUGCAUUCUUAUCGGCGUUUUCUUCCUAACCCUCUAUCAACUUGGACUUAUAUGCAGUGGCCCAAAGGACAGACCAAAUGCUGUCAUGGUAUCCAAACAGAAAUAUGUGGUUGGUUCUCGCGACCAGAAAGCGUAUCCCUACGAUAGGUAUAUGCCUCUAAUUUUUAUUGGAGGAAUGCCUCGAUCAGGAACGACUUUGAUGCGUGCCAUGUUGGACGCACAUCCAGAAGUGAGAUGUGGUCAAGAGACAAGGGUAAUCCCGAGAAUAUUGCAGAUGAGAACACAAUGGUAUAAAUCUGAAAGAGAAAGUUUACGUCUUGAGGAAGCUGGACUUUCAAAAGAGGUAAUUAAUGGUGCGAUAGCAGCCUUUUGUCUCGAGGUAAUAGCAAGACACGGUGAACCAGCUCCACGUUUGUGCAACAAAGAUCCACUUACCUUGAAGCUGGGUUCUUAUGUUCUCGAGCUAUUCCCCAAUGCUAAGUUUAUUUUUAUGGUCCGAGACGGACGAGCGACUGUACAUUCUAUUAUAACCAGAAAGGUGACAAUUACCGGUUUUGACCUAAAAUCCUACAGACAAUGCCUGACUAAAUGGAACUUUGCAAUUUCUACGAUGUAUAAUCAAUGCAAAGAAGUUGGUCCUGAACGUUGUUUAAUGGUUCCUUAUGAACAGCUGGUUCUUCAUCCUCGCGUGUGGCUGGAGAAGAUUCUCAUGUACUUGGAUGUACCCUGGAACGAGUCAGUUCUCCAUCACGAAGAAUUCAUCAAUAAACCUGGCGGAGUUCCUCUCAGCAAAGUCGAGCGAUCAUCGGAUCAAGUAAUUAAGCCCAUAAACUUGGAGGCUUUGACGAAAUGGGUUGGCCACAUCCCUCAGGACGUAAUUGAUGAAAUGGCUGAUAUUGCACCAAUGCUCUCGGUUCUUGGCUACGAUCCUUAUGCAAAUCCACCAAAAUACGGUGCCCCAGAUAAAUUAGUGAGCGAUAAUACGCGAAAGGUGCUUGCAGAUGAUGACGCAUGGGCAAAGAAAGUUCGAGAACUUUCCUUAGUCGUCCAUCCUCCUCCUGCUCCUGUAAAUGCUAACACUGUAGCAAACACUGAAGAUUACCCGGAUUCAACAAAAAACGCGUGACCUCAGGACCUUAAAUUAGGGGGAAUUGACACCUCCAAUGCGUACACAUACAGUUAUCUCUAAAGUCACUCUUUCGAGUGCAAGUCACGGCGAAGAGUGCAAUUGAACUUGUAAAGCUAGUUGUAACUUUAAUUUAAGUUUAGCAUAAUAGCUUAAUAAUGUACACUCGAUACUCAUGAUCGGACUGUCCCAGAAAUUCAGGAUAAAUGAAUGAGUCUUUCUCAAAAACCAUUCAGAUUUCCGUCAAAUAUCAGCUAUCCUUAGCUUCUGUCUUCAAUUUUUGAAUCUCGAUGGUUUUUUGCAAUUUUAUUUCAAUUUGCAGUUCGAAACAGUCCGAAUUUUCUGAUUAUAAAGUUCUAAAACUUCUAGUUCAAAUGAGAUUUCAUUUACUCACUUAAGAAACAAAAUUUCAAGUUUUUAAGUCCCUUUCUAACGUCUCAAUCUCUUACUUACAGAUUAUAAGGAGUAAACGCGAGAUUUGCGUCGCCAAUUUGAAUUAGCGACGCACAUCUCGUGAUCUUUCCUUAUUAUUAUAAUCCCUGAAUGGGGGAGUUUGCCACUCAACAGAGUGCGCGUUCUGUUCAGGUUCGGGUUCUGCGAAAAUUUAAAUUUAAUCAAUCAAAAAUAAAUUUUCUUAUACAUAUUAUUGAAAAAAAGUUUAUAGUUAAUUUGUAAAGUAAAUUAAAAGAGUAAGUUGUUCAGUUUGAAGAGCAAAAAUUUAAUAUUUUAGUUACUGGCAAUUUUUUUUGCGCAGUUCUGAAGUUUGAUAACAUUCUCUAUUUUUUCAACCAAAUAGUAAAAUUUUCAACGAAUAAAAAUAAAUUAUAAACCUAUAAUGAAAUGGUUUCAUUUCCACCCAAAAGAAAUGUUUUCAAACAAGAAGAUUAAGUUUAUACUUGAAAGACAAAUUUGCAACAAAAUACUUAGAUUUCAAACUAAAUAUU